AUGCCGAUGUUCAAAUCGUUUGCACUUAUUUUCGCAUUGAUAGUUGGAAACAGUCAUUUGGCGUCUACAUUCUCAAUCGGAGAAAUCUGGCAGACGAUUACCGAUUGGACAGACGAUGAAGGAAGCAAAGAGCAAGUUAUAUAUUCUGGCGAUGAAGAUUUGGCAGAAGUAUAUACAACCUGCAAUUCUUAUAUCAAUGGACGAAAUGGUACAAUCACUUCUCCAAACUAUCCCUAUCAAUAUAGCAAUGGCCUAAGAUGCUACUUUAGGAUAUAUGCGUAUGUUUGGCCAAUAGAAGUCACGAUUAAUGAUUUCCACACAGAGAGGUCGUAUGACUACUUAAGGAUCUACGAUGGUUAUUCGAGUGGUUAUCCUCUAUUGGGGAGCUUUAGUGGUCACUUCGCACCUGGAACAACUCGGACGGUUACAGGAAGAAAUCCAAGCAGGUAUAUGUACCUGUACUUUCAAACUGAUGGCAGUAGUUCGUCAAUAGGAUGGUCGCUCACAUUUGGGGCGGUGGGUACAACGGGUCCCAUUGCUAAUUCUUCGUCCAACUGUUCUUGUGAAAUCGCACUCGACCAAGCCCAUCACAAUAUGUCAUGCGCUAAUCCAGGGGAACAAUGCUCCGAUACUACCCCACUUCAGACCAUCUUUAAUAAAUACUUAGGACCGGCGCAAAGCAUCGCCGAUUGUGUGUACUUCAGUCGUAGCUGCCACCAACAAUGCAUGACCAAUGCGUCCGAAUUCUGGGGUGAUUUAGGGCUUCGGCAACCCAUUUCCGGUGGAGAUGGUGGAAAAACCUGAGGACAGGCGUAUUGUGAAUUACUCCAGCAGACGGUCGGGUACCCGGGGCGGGAAAUCAUCGCCAUGGAUCGUCUCUCUGAUCGGUGUAGCGAUGGAAAGGGGUUCUACAGUCAGCACUUG